AUGAAACGUUUGAAGGAAGAAUCGUCGAUUGGUGCAUUGAACAUGAUCCAAUCGAAGUUUCUCCGACGUACGCGCGAGAAGGUUGGUGAGAUGAAGACACCAACCGCAGGAUUGUGUGGAAGUACCCGUCCUAGGCAGCGCAGAGCCAUCAUUGGCCAAGAACAACUCUGUUGGUUAUGCUUAGGUUACGGACAUUUGCUCGGCACCCAUGUGUUUAUACUGCAGCAAAGCCCACCAUCUAACAUUGUGCCUGAAUCCCCCGAGAGCGCGCAGUUUAUUCUUCCCACCGACACGUUUCCAUCGUCGAACAUUUUCGCCUAA